CCGUUUUCAGGAGUCCCUCACGCCUCACACAGCGUGUGAGGUCGUCCGUUUCUUUUCCGGUUUAUCAAAAUGGGUAUUGAUAUAAACCACAAACACGACAGAAAGGUUCGGCGUACAGAACCUAAAUCGCAAGAUGUCUACUUGCGACUUCUCGUCAAACUUUACCGUUUCUUGGCUCGACGUACCAAUGCUAAGUUCAAUAAGAUUAUCCUCAAGAGACUUUUUAUGAGUAAGAUACAUCGUCCACCAAUUUCUCUUGCACGUGUUGUCAGGUUUAUGAAGAAACCUGGACGUGAAAAUUGCAUUGCAGUAAUUGUUGGCACAGUGACAGAUGACGCUAGGAUUUUUGAAGUUCCUAAACUUACAGUCUGUGCAUUGCGUAUUACUGAGAAAGCUAGGGCUCGUAUCUUGAAAGCUGGAGGUGAAUUGAUUACUUUCGAUCAGUUGGCGCUGCGUGCACCCACUGGAAGAAAGACAGUUUUAAUGCAAGGUCCUCGCAACGCCCGUGAAGCAGUGAAACACUUUGGACCAGCUCCUGGUGUACCACAUUCGCAUACGAAACCAUUAGUACGCUCUAAGGGUAGAAAGUUUGAGAGAGCAAGAGGCCGUAGGCGAAGCUGUGGUUAUAAAAAAUAAAUAUUGUUUAUUUGCCAUCAUUUAUUGUACCAUACCCUUAAGUUAACUUGCAGAUUCUAGGCAUUUUGUCUAUUUCUACAUUCUUUUAUAUAGCAAGUCGAGGUGGCUGGAAAAUAAAUGUUGGCUUCUUAA